UUAUAGGAAGACCGCUGUGAUUACGUCUGAUGAACCGAUGCCAUUGUCCAAAGUUUUAUUGUGACAUUUACCGUUUUAUGCAGAAUUCUUCAUAGGCCUACGUCAAUGUAUAAUCAACUCACUAAAAGAAUGUAAAGUAGACUACAUGAAAACAGUGUAUGUUGUGAAAGCAUUUAAGAAAGAACAGGCUUUAAAAGAUCUGACCACUUCAUGGCUACAUUUUAUCUGCGCCUAUUGCGCAACAACUCAGCCUAUUCCGCAGACGUGAGUUGAAAAACUAAAUGAGUGAACUUUCAGAUCAUGGUUUGAUGAAAAUCGAUUAUCUGGCUACUGCGUGGUUCCAUCUAGAUAGCCUACGUUGGAGUCCGUUCUCAGCAAGGCAUGCUUGUGUGAACCACUUCCAAAAGGCUGCGCAAGAAUCCGAGUUUCCCCAUCUGUUUCGAGUAGACAUAAGGAUUGUGAAACUGGACACCUAAACUGUUGCUUAACCCUUUGUACCAUCCUGUUUGAGCGUGUUGUGUUUUGUAAAGAACUGAAACAAAUCCCUAAUGUGCAUAUGGCCACUACGACACUUGAAACGCACGACUAGAUUAUCUACUUGAAUGAAAAACGCAAUUUAACGGUGCGCAAUUUUACGCGUGGAGCACGCAGUCUAAAAAAAGAGUUUUAAACAGUCUGGGAAGUGGGAAGGCUCACAGGGCGGGAGGAAAGGGAAGGGGGUAUGGGUAUUUCCUUGCUCAAGAGGAAGGCAAAAACAUCUUUUUUAUUUUACGGUUAGUAUUAGGCUGCACAUCAUGCUAACAGACUUGAGGCGCAGGGCGCGACGCAGCUGUUGCUGCUGACAUGUCCGCUUCUCAUCGCACUUGAACUAGCUCGGCUGAACAGGGUGUCGUCAGGACUUCCAGUCCUGAAUGGAGGGAGAUAUUGAGAAGACCCGGAGGACUCAAGUUCAGGCUAGUGAUGACAUCAAGCUCUCAGGUCGAGGGGUCACUGCUGAGGGUUCCGCAGCUGUUCAAGACGUCGUGGGCUGCUGUGCGCUGCCUGACGACGACCAGUCUCUGCCCAUCAUGCACUGGGAAGCACUGAGUUUGCGAAUUGCAGAACUUGAAAAACAAGAGGAGGAGAGGAGGGAAAGAGCGAAGACUUUGAACAUACCAGAAAGAGGGAGAGUCUUUGGGAGCUGGAGAGAGGACAAGCAGCAUGUGUUUCCCGUUGGCCAGUGGGCAGAUUCGGAUGACGACGACGAUGACUGUGGAGGAGGAUGUCGAUCGCCUCUCAUGAAGCCUCGAUUCAACAGUCAGAAAAACCUUCAACUGUGCUUCAUCAAUAACAGUGAGAGUGAUGAGGAGGAGGAACAAUCAAGCAGUGAGUGUUCCAAAGAGGGUGAGGCACGUGGAGGCCAGUCCUCAGGGUUGAAGCUGGAGGUCCAGGCCGCACUAAGAUCUCUACGUGAUCAGCUACUGGCUGACCAGAAGGAGAAGGAGCGGCUGACUCAGAGUGACUGUAGCGCGGGCAGGAAGCUGCUUGGCCGAGCCGACCUCCAGACGUGCAGUAUGGAGCAGCUAGACUCUCUCAGGGAGUCCCUCUACAGCGAUAUCCACGACCUGAGUUCCCAGCUGGUUUCUCAACUCCUUGUGCGGGAUCAUUUACGGACAAAGCAAGACGCCAUGCUUCUGGAUGUACAGGAUAUGACGUCAUGACAAAGGAACAAGUUACACAGAACCCUAACCCAAACAAUUUACUCUCUGCCUGGCAACUUAUCACAUUGUACUCCCACGACUGUCAGAUCUGUCUGUGUCUUACUAAGACUUAACCAUCUGAAUAACUGUAGCAUUCCACAUAACUCUAAUCAUGCAAGAGGAAAGAGGCAUCCUCAGAACUCGUCUCACAAUGUAAUGUGUGACAGGAGGCUGUGAGUGGGCAUAAACAGGUAGCAGUGGUGCUAUGUGUACAUAAUACUACUUAAUUAUUAUUAUUACAUUGCCACAAGUUUUAUUGUGUAUUUUAUUGUGAAACCUGUUUUUAAGUGUUUAAUUUAUAUUGAAGAAGAGAACACUAAAAAAUUAUGAAAUUGCUGUUUUAGUGACUUGUCAAAGGACAAACAAAGCUGCCAUUUAUUGUAACAGUAUAAUGGAUGUUUUUGGUCAGUCAGUUGUGGUUUAACAAAUGCUGCAAACUCUUAUGAACGAUCACAAUUGUUCUUGUUAAGGACAACGACAUUGUUAUAUUCAUGUCCAGUAUUUUCUGCAUAUUUGCAUUUAAUAAAUUUAAUUUUCUAUUAAGUUA